AUGAGUUAUUACAGCAGCUUUGCGCAAACAUAUGUUGAUCCACAGCACUUGCAAGAAGCAGAGCAACAGGUCGAUGCUUUUAUGGGCAUGAUAAUGACGGCUUGCCAAGACAAGUGCAUUCCAACCAAAUACCACGAACCUGACUUGAAUAAAGGAGAGCAGAAGUGCAUAGAUCGCUGUGUAGCGAAAUAUAUGUCGAUACAGAAGAUUAUGAGCGAAAGAAUGAAACAUAUGGUACCAAACGUGGGUAGUGAUCAAUAA